GGGUGACGCUGACAGGAAGCUGCAUGGAUCAUCAACAUUCCUAAAGGAUCUGAGGGUUACUUUAUUAAAAGUCAUGUUAGAGUGAAGAGGCAGUGGAGCCAUUUCAGCCCAUCUUCAAAAGAUAAUCUCCAGAGAGAAAUGUACAAACAGCUGGGAGAGUAAGGAGGAACUGCAUUGUGCAGCAGGAGUUCUCUGGAGCAGAAUUUUGGGGUGCUGGAGUGAAUCUCAGCAGCAACAUGAAUCUUUUCUGUUUUUCUCUGGAGGGUUCAAUGGACAGCUUGUAUGAGCCUGUCCCCGAACGUCAAGAACCCAAUGAUACAACCAGUACUUCCAGCCAGCCCAGCACUCCAGUGAGCACACGUGCAAACUGUGGACUGCCUGAUAGGUCUAUGUCUUUGGAAUUUCCUGAUUUUGAGAACACAGUGACCAAAAAGAGAAAAUCCAUCCAGAAGUCUCUGUCUGAAAAUGAAGCGUUUGACAGGAAAAAUGUGAAUGGCACACUUUGGCAGGGUUCCAGGAAGCUGGAGAAUGAUUCGUACAUCAGAAGGCCCUGUCAGCUUGAAGAAGAUAAUAUUGUUGGUGAUGGGAUACAUUUGCUGCGAGGAAAGAAGAUAGAAGAAACAACGUGCCAGGUGAUAAAUUAUGAGCAAUGGAUUCCACCACGAGUUUACAAUCCAAGAGUGGCAAGUAAUGGUGAAAUGGGUGCAGAGCCAAAUGAUAAAGCAGAGUCCAUGGGAACAUUAAAACGAUUGCAGAAAUUGGUCCGAACCAAAAAACCCAAUACACAAAGCUUGGAGGAUGUCAAACAUGUUUUGAUCCCCCUUAAUACAUUAGAAGAUACUUAUCUUUCAGAAGAGGAUGAAGAGGCACUAACUUCCUGCAUGAAACUGGCAAAACCUCAGGAAAAGAAAGCCUGGAAAGACAAUGUGAGGAGAAAAGAAGAGACUGAGACUAGGGCAGAGUUUAUUUCUGCAUCUUUGGGCCAAUCGUAUACUUCCAAAUUUAGUAACUUAGGAAUGAUUUCAAUCCAUUCAGAAACUGAAUUUCAUUUGUGGAGUGACUGGAAGCCAUUUCCUGAUAGCCAGCUCUGUCCUUGUGAUUUCUUGAUUUCAAAAAUAGAAGAGUGGGAAAAAUGUACUUGCGCUUCUCAUCAGCCACAUCUUACAAAUUCCCUAACUGAUAUGGAUCUGCAGUACUCUUGGCGCACCAGUAGUUUUGGAAGCUUUGACCGUUUCAGAUAUCACUCAGUAUCAAAGACAGAUGAUUCAGCUGAGGUGUCUGAGUUGGAGACUGUAAGUGAUAUUGGAGAUGCAGCACAAACCAAAGCAGCGUAUAACGGAAGAAGCUUGGGGAAGAAGAUGAGAGCCAUUUCCCUUACCAUGAAGAAAAAGAUGGGUAAAAAGUACAUCAAGGCACUCUCUGAGGAGAUGAAUGAAGAAGGAAAAGAUGACAGUGAUCCUGGUGGUGGAAUACACACUGAGAAGGUCUCCCUGAAAGCCAGUGACUCUAUGGAAAGUCUCUAUAGUCUGAACAGUGGCCAGAGCUCAUCCAGUGGGGUGACCAGCUGCUCUGAUGGAACAAGCAACAGGGAUAGCCUCCGGUUUGAUGAUGAAGUCCCUUACAGUGGGCCAUUCUGCGGCCGAGCCAAAGUGCACACUGACUUCACACCAAGUCCUUAUGACACGGACUCUCUGAAAAUUAAGAAAGGAGACAUUAUAGAUAUCAUCUGUAAAACGCCCAUGGGGAUAUGGACAGGCAUGCUGAACAACAAAGUAGGAAACUUUAAGUUCAUUUAUGUGGAUAUUAUUAUGGAAGAGGAAACUGCACCCAGGAAGAUAAAACCGCAUAGAGGAAGCAAAAGGAACAAGCCUAAAACACUGCAAGAACUCUUGGAACGUGUCCAUCUGCAGGAAUACACCUCAACUCUCUUGCUAAAUGGCUAUGAAACUCUUGAGGAUUUAAAAGAUCUACACGAGAGUCACCUGAUUGAAUUGAAUAUUUCAAACCCAGAGGACAGGGCAAGAUUGUUAUCAGCCAUUGAAAAUCUACAGGACAAUGACAAUGAACAAGAGCAGAUAAGCGAGGGUGGUCAGGAGACACGGAGCUUAAGCCCUCAGCACAGUUUUGACAAAUCACAGUUAAAUGACUGCCCAAGAGAUUCCGGCUGUUACAUCUCAUCAGAAAAUUCAGAUAAUGGUAAAGAAGAAGUAGACCCAGAAACCCUGUCUGACAUGGUGCAGUCAAUAACAAUCACUGAGUCAAACUGAUUCUGUUAAGCAGUUUCUGCAGAUGCUCAGAAAAGACAAUCAGAUAAGUGAAGUUGAUUUGCUGGUACAGAAGCAGAACACAAAAUAUUUCUCAACACUGAAAAUCUACUUCUGUCUGAUAUAUAAUGCUCUAGACUGCUUAAUAUGCGGACAUUUGAGAACUAAAUCUUAGCUGAUAAUAACAGUAUCUCAUGCUUUUCAAUGAAUCCACCGACAUUUCACUGAAAAAGUUCAUGCAUAUAUAUUUAUAUAUAUUUGUACAGCAAAUGCAUUUUGUAUAAUGAUAGGGAAUUGUUUUGGAUAGCGAUACAUUGUCUAAAUAUCAAGCUGUGGAACUCUCCAAAAUGUAAAUACUGUAUAUAUUUAUUUUUAAAAGACUGAUUAAUCGUAUUGUCUCUUUUUUCAGAUGGGUUUUGCUGAGAUUUGUACAGAAAAUAUUUGCAUUGAUGUACCAUCAUAAUAAAAAACUGGAUGCAUUCACAUCCUACUUUGAAAAGUACUAACCUAAUUCCUGUUAGUAUUAAAGCCUUUUAAUGCUAUUCUUCUCCAAAAUGGUCUCUGAAGGGGCUGUCUUACAUUUUAUCCUGGAUGAACAAAAGCACUGUCGUGUCAGUCUGAAUCAAGCUCUUUGUGUUUGUCAUCUUCUAGAGAGUGUAGCCAUCUGAAUUCCUCACGCGCUGCCAAUUUGUAUAUUGUAAUUUUCACAACUGUUCUCAUUUCUUUCCAAGCAUUCUGAAGACAAUGCAAGCUCGGAACAACAAAAAACAAACAAACAAACACAGUGGUUUCAAUGCUAUGCUUUUGUUAUUGUUUUUUUGUGUAACUCUUGCCUUUUGUGUGUGAUGUCAAGCUUGUUCACUGGGUAUUUUUGUUUGUGUACAGAACGCAGAAGCUAACGUGGUUAUCAUGCACUGUUGUCUUUUAUAUGGGAUUUAAUUGUCAUCUCCCACGAUAUUUUGCACUGGAAUACACAUUACAUCCGCCUGUCUUCUUCCUUCAAAAAUAAACAAAAUCAUACAUUUGAGCCCUUUAAAAA